GCAUUUCAUCAGAGAAUUCAUUGCAUUUAAUUUCGAUGAUAAGAAUGGAUUGGUUCCACUGCAAUCAGUGCUUCCGAAAAGAUGGCACCCAUUUCUUUGUAACCAGCUGUGGCCAUAUUUUCUGUAAAAAAUGUGUGACUAAAGAAAAAUGUGCUGUAUGUGGAGCGGCCUGCAAGCAUCUGGCUCUCUCUGAUAAUCUAAAACCUCAGGAGAAGAUGUUCUUUAAAAGCCCCAUGGAGACAGCUCUGAAGUAUUUUAGUCACAUCUCUCAGCAGGUUUGGAGUUUCCAGAAGAAACAGACAGAUUUGCUUAUCACCUUUUAUAAACACAGACUUUCUAAGUCAGAAGCUGCCAUGCAGGAGGCCCAAAGAACAGUGGCCAGUCAGGACAAGGAGCUAGUAGUCCUAAGGAAAGAAAAUGGGGAGCUGAAGAAGUUCCUGGCCAUCCUGAAGGAAUCUCCUAGCAGAUGCCAAGGAAGCAGGUCUACCACACCCCGGCCAGUAGGCAUCACUUCCCCAUCACAAUCAGUUACUCCACGACCUACUUCUCAGCACAGCAACCAGGUGGUCAGUCGAUCUUCCUCCUUGGAAUCUAUUCCAUACAGAGUGUCUGGUUUUAGUAGCUUUGCUCAGCAGGGGAACAGAGGCCUGCAGGGAAGAAAUACUCCCAGGGAAUCUCAUACUGAUACUCCUUCACCAGCUUCUACUAAUAGCCUAUCUUAUCGGGCUCUCUCUGCUUCCUCAGGACCAGGGAUUUUCUCUGUCAGACCACAUCUAGAUGGUAUUGAUGGGAAUACUGGUCUCACACCUAGCCGUUCAAGCCAGAGUGGUGGUAGAUCAGCACCAGAGACUCCUGUUGCUCCCCAGCUACCAGGCCUACAGCUCCAGGUCACCCCCCAGGCACCUCAAUUACAUCAAACUAGGUAA